ACAUUUUUAUGACAUACUGUAGUUCCCACAUUGUGCCAAACUGUGAAUGACCAGAAAAUUAUUUCUGGAAUAAAUCACAAUGGCUGGAUUCACAAAAAAUUGAAGGGAAAAUAUGGCUUGUUUAUAACUUAAUGUGUGAAGUGUAUUGAGUCAAGUACACAAACCAUGUUGUACAGUUUUAUGUAUUUUGUCUAUUAUUCCUAUGGGAUCUUUUCAGAAGAAAAGUUUUGCUACAACCAGUUGUGACUUAUUAAAUAUACCAAUAUUAACAAACAUGGCUUGUAGAGGUUUUGUAUACUGCAAGUAUAUUUGUAUCAACCAGAUGAAUUGAUAAAAGCCUCAUUCCCAAACAACAUUAAAGCAUGCAUUCAGCUCAUAGAUCAUAACUAAACCCAAAUUAAAUGACAUAUAUUAAGCCCAACACCACUUGCAAAAUUUAGGAAUACUAGGACUGGAGAACUUUUUUUAAUUAUAGCUACUAACUACUAAGGUUACUGGCUACUAACACUAAUUGGCAGAAGUACAAAAUAUGUUCCAGGAUUCCCUAUCAUAGAUAAAGAGGGAGCUAAAACUGGUGACCUAAUUAGGAGUUCACAAUUAAGUUUGCUCUAAUUUGCUAGUCACAUAUUCCUUCAGGAAGAACCUCCAUUCCACGAAUUGGAAUUUGAGAUACAAAUAAAAUGAUAAUGCAACAUGUAAAUUAAAAUCUUUGAAGCUUUAUGAUCAUUUUAAACAUCCUUUCCUCAUGCUCAGACGUCAGCAUCGUCAUUUGAAAAGCCUCUUUGGUUUAAAGAUAUGUAUCAACCUCUGGAGGAAAUAAGGAAAAAAGACAUGAUUGAUAAAUUACAUGAUGAAGAGUCCUCAGAAGAGGAAAACAUAUACAAUUGGGCUAGUGCAAGACCUCCAGAAAUCCCUGAGCUUAUUCCUGUGGAAAAACUGGAGCUAAUGCCACCACCAGCACCAGCAGCUGCUGAACCUCCAGCCAAGGCUCCAUCUGAACCUCCAGCUCCAGCUCCAGCUCCAGCUCCAGCUCCGGCUCCAGCUCCAGCUCCAGCUCUGGAGCCUAUUAAAAAGGCCAGCUCAAAGAAAUUGUCUGAAAAAGAGUCUCCCAUGAGUGAAAUUUUUCCAAACACUGAAUCUGAAAAAGAGACUCCCAUCAGCGAAACUCCUCCGAAGACAGACACUUCAGAAACAGAAGAAGAAGGCACUUCAAAGAAAACAAGUUCAGAAGAGGGAGAGGAAGAUGAAGAAGACUAAUCUUACUUAUCUAGAGUACUGUUUAUUAUUAAAUGUUAUAUUAUUAAAUACAUUAUUGUUAUGCACCUUUUAUUGUUAUUCUUAUCUUGAGGUUUAAAAACAUUUCAGAAUAGCCAUUCUCCCAUCUGGAGCAAAUGCUAUUGUGUUGGGCUAAGGUUCCUAUUACUCAUGGCCCUAGUGCAGUGGUUCUCAACCUGUGGGUCGGGACCCCAUUUGGGGUCGAACGACCAUUUCACGGGGGUCACCAAACAACG